GGCCUUAAAUACCCACCCAUUUCAUUUCAUUUUCAUUCUCAUUUUCAUUUUCAUUUCGAUCUACGAAUCAGUAACAGUGACACCCUCCCUCAAAUCGAAAUCUAUUGAUUUCAUUCAAUGGGUUCUGACGAAGACUACGAUUACUUGUUCAAGUUGGUGCUGAUCGGAGACUCUGGUGUUGGCAAGUCCAAUCUUUUGUCCAGAUUCACCAGAAACGAGUUCAGCUUGGAAUCCAAAUCCACCAUCGGCGUUGAAUUCGCCACCCGUAGCGUCCGCGUCGAUGAUAAGGUCGUAAAGGCUCAAAUUUGGGACACUGCUGGUCAAGAAAGAUACCGUGCAAUCACGAGUGCUUACUAUCGUGGAGCUGUUGGUGCAUUGCUUGUGUAUGAUGUUACCAGACACGUGACUUUUGAAAAUGUGGAGAGAUGGUUGAGGGAGCUUAGGGAUCACACAGACACCAACAUUGUAAUCAUGCUUGUGGGAAACAAGGCAGAUCUUCGGCAUUUGCGUGGCGUGUCCACGGAAGAAGCCACUGCAUUUGCUGAGAGAGAAAACACAUAUUUCAUGGAAACCUCUGCACUGGAGUCCUUGAAUGUGGACAAUGCUUUCACAGAAGUGCUUACUCAGAUAUACAAUGUUGUGAGUAGGAAGACUCUUGAGAAGGGGGAUGACCCUGCAGCAUUGCCACAGGGGCAGACCAUCAAUGUUGGCAAUAGAGAUGAUGUCUCAGCGGUUAAAAAUACCGGAUGCUGCUCAGCAUAGUUUGACAGUUUUUUUUGUAUCAGUUCAUGAUUCAACUAUAAUCCUCAUGAUUUU